AUGGUCGAUAUUGGUUCCUUAUUAGAAGUUACGACUUUGGAUGUUGUGCUCAUUGCCAUUCUCUUGGUACUAGUGUACAGAUGGUAUAAAAGACAAAAUGAGCCAGAAAUCGCUCGAGACAUUCCGAAACCUGUUGCCCCCCUCAAAAUGACUGAUAUGACCGUAGAUGAGUUGAAAAAGUACAAUGGGGAAGAUGAUGAACACAUUCUGUUGGCCUGUGAUAGAAUCAUUUUCGACGUUUCUCGUUCGACAAGCUUCUACGGAAAGGGAGGUGCUUAUGAGAAAUUGGCGGGGCACGAUGCAACUAGAGCACUGUCCGUCAUGGAUGCUAAUCUAGUCAAAGAAGAAUGGGAUGACUAUGCAGGACUCACUGAUGACCAAAAAGACACAUCCAAUGAAUGGAGGGACAGCUUCCUAGGAAAAUAUCCCACAGUGGGUCGCCUUGUUGAGAAAGAAAAUUUGAAGAAAAACUAUGAAGAUCGUGUUGCUGGUAUCAGAUCACUCAACUAA